GGAGCAGCCAACUAAGAACUCUGAGCACAGUGUUUCACAGAAUUUUGGUGUUCACUAUCUGCUGGAUGCCAUCUCUUUUGUAAAAUUUGCUUUGCUUUAGUGGGAUGGACACUGGGGUGUUUGUUUCUUAGUCUAACAUUAAUGACCCAACAGCUUCAUCUCUUUCUGCAGACUCUUCCUGAAAGAAUGGGGGCAGGAGCACUAGCUAUUUGUCAUAACAGGACGGCGGUACAAAUUAAAGAGGACAUGAAGAAGAUUGUGCAGCUGCCACUCAUCAAGCAGAAAGAGCCCAGGAUGUGGAAGGUGUUUGGCGUCUCACUCUCAGAUCUCAAGGAGCAGGGCCUUCUGAAAGAUGGGAUUCCGCUGGUGGUGAGGAACAUGGUGGAACACUUAAUGGAGAACGGGAUGCAGCAGGAAGGCCUGUUCCGAGUCAACGGGAAUGUAAAAGCCGUGGAACGGCUGCGCAGGAGGUGCGAGACCAGGGAGACGGUGGACCUUCUCCAGGAAGCAGACAUUUGCUCAGUAGCCAGCCUCCUGAAACAGUUCCUCAGGGAUCUCCCUGAAGGGGUGAUCACCUCCACUGUUCAGACAGCACUGAUACACCUGUACCACGAAUAUAGCGAGGAUCAAUUAAAGCAAGAUCUGAAAGAAAUAUUACAACAGCUGCCCAAGAUACAUUACUCCCUGCUGAAAUAUCUGUGUCAUUUUCUGACCCAAGUGGAGAAACAGCAGAAGGACAAUCGAAUGACAGUGUUUAAUCUGGCCACCGUGUUUGGACCAAACGUCUUUCAUGUCUCAACUGGUAUUGAAGGCAUGAAGGAGCAAGACAUUUGCAACAAAAUCAUGGCUGUACUAAUAGAAAACUACAGUACCAUUUUUGAGACUGAUGGCCACCAAGAAGAACUCAAAGAGGAGCAUCCUAAAGUGAUUACAGUUAGAGAAGCACGUUCUAGCAUACCUGAGAGAGAUACGUUGUCAAACACACUCGGAGUAGAGGUUCCAAUUCCACUUCAAAGAAAGAAAAAGGCCACAUACUGCCAUGUACCUCAGCAACUGAACCUUCCAAGUGAAUCAGCCUCUGAAAUGUCAACGUCUGUCACAAGGAAAAAGAAAGUAAAGAAGUCAAAGAGUGAAGUGACGACCAGACCCAUGCCUCCACCUGUAUUGCAGCCAGAGCAGCCAGCAGGGGAACCACAGGUCAGACUCCGAACCCUAGAGAAAGCCCAGAGUUUAGAAGACAUGGACCUUUCCAAUGACGAGCCUUUCAUGGCCAAAAGCUCUGAGAGCUUGAGCAGCUCAAAAGAAGAUGACAGACCGAUAUCUCCAUUUUAUAUGAGUGCCCAAGUGUCCUCUGUUAACAGCAAACCUGGCUCUGAAGACCUUCUGGAAAAGACUAUCAGGUCAGCAGUGGAGCAGCACCUCUUUGAUAUGCAUGGGAGUGGAGGUCAAAGUUCAGAGGACUCUGAAUCAGGGCUGUCCUCCACCUCCACAGCAGUGACGGCCAGGCAGAGACGCCGCCAUCAGAAGGAACAGGAUGAAGUGUGGAAACACAAAGACACGGAAGAUAUCAAUAAGGAGAACAUUCCUUCAGUGCCCGGCAGCAGUGAAGAUGGACAGCAGGCCCUGCAAGAUGCAGAAACGAAGCAGCGAAACAGUGGUACCAUUGAGGAGUGCACGAGACCGAAGAAGCACAAGUUCAACUCCAAACUUUUGGCGCUCACCAAAAAGCAAGAUGGCCCCAUUGAAUGCUUUGGAGCAUCUAGACUACAAGAUAAACCAAGCACCAGCAACAUGGAGUCUGUAGAAGAAAAAAGAAAGGGCAAUCAAACUGAGGACGAUGCAUUACCGUUACCCAAGACUCCAGCCAUGAAGAUCCAGGAGAUUCAGACUGGCUGCGAGACAGCGAAGACACAAAGACACCAAGAAGCUGAUGCAUGUGAAGAAGGCUCCGUGCCUGAGGUUCCCAGGCUGGAUUUGUCAGCCCUGACAGAGGAUAGCAACUGGGGAGAUUCAUCUUUUUUUACUGUCCCUUUCAUUGAUUUCAAAAGCACUUGGCAACAGAAUUACUGUGAGGAGCCCAUCCCGGCCUAUUCAGCGUGGCACACAGAGGACACGGAUGGGGACGAGGCCCGUCUCUCCCCUCAGGCGGGGGGCCGACUCAUCCGGCAGCUGCUGGAAGAAGACAGCGACCCCAUGGUCUCACCCCGCUUCUACGCCUUCGGGCAAAGCCAGCAGUACCUGGAUGACACCGAGGUCCCCCCCUCCCCGCCCAACGCUCAUUCCUUCAUGAGCCGUCGGCGAAGCUCUUCACUUGGCUCUUGUGAGGAGGACCGAGAGGAGCUAACGUCCGCGCAGUUGUCCAAGAAGAUCCACAGCUUAAAGAAGAAGAUUCACAAGUAUGAGGAGAAGUUUGAGGAGGAGAAGAAGUACAGGCCCUCUCACAGUGACAAGGCAGCUAACCCUGAGGUGCUUCGAUGGAUGAAUGAACUUGCCAAGUUACGGAAAGAGCUAAAAGAGUUAAAGUUGAAGAUGUCCGAGGAAGACAUGCCCCCUGUGACCCGCCAGCGCAGCAACACCCUGCCCAAGAGCUUUGGCUCCCAGCUGGAGAAGGAGCCGACUGUGGAGAAGUUACCCAAGCCCCCUGUGGAGGCCACCCUGGAGUCCGUGCUGAAGAAACUGCAGGAGAAGCGGGCAGAGGUCAGUCGCCCCGAGGAUAUCAAGGACAUGACCCGAGAGCAGAUCAGUGCAGAGAAGGUUGCUCUACAGAAAGCUUUGCUGUACUAUGAGAGCAUUCAUGGGAGACCGGUUACAAAGAGUGAGAGACAGGUUAUGAAGCCUCUCUAUGAUAGAUACCGUCUGGUCAAGCAGAUCCUUUGCAGAGCAUCAACCAUACCAGUCAUUGGCUCCCCUUCCAGCAAGCGCAGAGGUCCUUUGCUACAGCCAAUUAUCGAAGGCGAACCAGCAUUGUUCUUCGAGGACAUCAAGGAGGAAGAAGAUGGCUCAGAGGAUGAGAGCAACACAAAAGCUAACUUCACUGUGACCAUGAAGCCUGAGUUCAACGUGCGCAGCUUCUUGGACCAGCUGGACGAGGAGGUGGAUGGUUUUAUCUCCCCCGUGGAUGAAAUAUCACCAUCCAAGAAUAACAUGGAUAUGAGGCUAUCCAACCUUCACUCUGCUACCAUGCCUGAACUGGUAGAGCAGCUUCAGGAAGCAAGGGAAGAUAAGAAGAGAAUCCGCAAGAAACUGAGGGAAUUUGAAGACAAAUUUUUCAGGCAAAAUGGAAGAAACGUGCAAAAAGAAGAUCGCACACCUAUGGCUGAGGAAUAUAAUGAAUAUAAGCAUGUUAAAGCAAAAUUAAGGCUCCUGGAGGUUCUCAUCAGCAAAAGAGAUUCUUCAAAGAUCAUUUAAACAGAAGAAAGGCUGUGUUCCAUGGAGCAUAACCUUACCAGCCAGAGGAGUAAAUGAUUGACAGUGGAGCAAACUGCCUUGCUUAAAGUGCCAUACAAGAAGAGCCCGAAACACUGGCUGAAGGAAAUUCAUGGUUUGGGUGUCUUACUUUUGGAUUGCGUUUCUUCUUAAGCCCACAGGAAACUAGCACUACACAGACAAUAUAAGUUAAUAUAAUAAACCCUGAGCAUGAGUAUCGUUGACUUCAGCCUCCAGUCAGAUCUCUACAGAAUUUUGAAGCUCAAGAUGUGUGGAUUAAAAAGAUAUGUCAUGGGGAAUUGUGAAGUGAUACAUCCAUGCUCAUCAAUAAGCUAUAGCUGGGAAGGAUUUGUGAACUGAACAAUGGAUCUCUUUGAAAACGUUUUUAAGUCUUGUGCUAUUAAUAAGUUCAAAGAAUUCUCUGGGAUAGAAAAUAGAAUUCUUAAGUUCAAAUUAAGAAAAAAAAAGAUUCCCCAAAGCACAGAUUGUGGUGUCAUUAUAUGUACAAAAAGACAUUUCUAGCUCACAAAUGUGUGAUAGCAUCAUAAACUGUUUUUUGGUACUAGACCAAAGAUCCCGUUUUCCCAGCUCAGAACAGUUCAGUUCUCUGAAGUUUGAAUGGCACAGCGGUGUUUUUGUAAAUGAUUUACAAAGCUGUUUUAUUUUCAUAAAUGUAAUAUUUCUAGUUGAAUUUGUUUUGUCAAAUAUUGUGGAGAACCCAAAUCAGUCUUGAAGAUGAUAUAGGCUAAUUACAAAUAGAAAAAGUCAUAGCUUUUACUGCUAAAGGUAAAUUGCACAUAAAUUCACACUGCAAGUCCUGUUAAUAGUUUUCAGUCUAUGGUGCACAGUACUUCAAAAUUCAUUGAUUAUGGUCAAGAUUUAGUUCAUUGUGAGAUCAGUAGAAAAGUGUUGGAUGGUCAAGAAAACAUUUAUUUUUUUCAAAGUCCAAUCACAAGGUUCUAAAAAGUUUAUUGGGAAUCAUUAAUUAAUAAAAAAACUGCCAAGACUAAGCAAUUUACCUUAAUGGCAACUCCUAUCCCAAUGAUGAAGAUUUUAGAAAAGUAGAAAAGUACCUUGAUUGGAAAUAUUUUAAGAAGUCUUUUGAAAUCUAUGGUAUGUAUAUAAUACCAAGUCUGCGUGUUAAACACAGAACCUGUUUUGACAACCUUGCAGCACAUGAUUUAUUGGAUAUUUUAAAUAGUUAUGCUUAGAUAAAAAAUAUAUUCAUCAUCCAUACAGAUAUUGUUACACAUAAGACUUACAGAUCCUUCAGAAGGACUGAUAUGAUUACGAAUUCACAUUUCGUGUUCUGUGAUUGAUGCCAUAAACCACUGGAUUCCUUAUGAUUUCCAAGCAUCGUAAACACAACAUUGAAUGAUACCAGAACAUCUACUUAUUUUUAGUAUUUCCAGUUACAGUAACUUUUUGAAUACUUGAUUAUAAGGGUAACCAUUAAGGCCAUGUGUUAAAGUCUUGAUGAGUGACUUGAAUACACAUGAAGGACCACACUAGCUAGGUACUGAUUGUACAUUGUCAAUAAUAGCUCAUACCCAACCAGUUUCCCUAAGAAGACAUGUUUUAGGCAUGGACUGGGAACUUAAGUAAUUUUGUGCUAAUACAUGCCUAACAGGUUACUCCUUAACUAAAGCAUUACUAUAAAUAUAAUUUUUUGUCUUAAAAAAAACAAAAGUAAAAUAAAGCCUUUAUGCAGAGGAGACAAUGGAAGAGCAUUUUUAAAAAUCUGUUCACUACAUUAUUUUUGGUUUAAAAGCAGAUGUAUUUCACAGAUAUGUGUAAUCCAAAGAGAGUAGCAUGGUUUUAGUAACACACACCAAAACAACAGGGAACAAGACAUCAAAUACUAAUCACAAGUAUUAUGCAAUGGAAUUCAAAUUACUGUACCUUGGACAGGCUGUUCUUUUCAUGCAAAAUGUAGUAAGUGCUGCCUUUCAGAUUGUCAGUAACGAAUAUUGUAUCUUUGGAAAUCUUACUUGCAGAGCACAAAAUUAAGACUUCAGUGCUCAUUCACAAUUCCUGUCACACUUUAUUUAUAGUGAUUGCAUUAAGAAAAAACUUGAUUAUGUCUUCCUUGACUGUGUUCUUCACAAACUGCUUAAUGAGUGAUUUUCUGAAUUGACUGAAUUGCAUUUUCUCAGAAAGAGAUGAAUCAGAUGUCUAGAUGAUCCGUAUUUGCUCUUGACGAUGCUUCUUAGCCCUUAAUGUGUGCAAAUGAUCUGCAACAGACAGAUAAUCUGUAAUGUAUCAUGUUUCCUUGUGCCUGUUUAUCAGUCUGUAGGCCUUUGCACGCAGCUGUGAAUCGUAUUUUUUAAUUCAACACAGAGGCUUUUAGACAUAGAAAAAACUGGAGAAAAUCAUUUUCAGAAUGCCAUUUAAUUGCUUACUUUAUGCAUUCAACAGGUACACUGCUUUCUUUGUUAAAGUGGUCAGCAGCUUGUUCUUUUGUAGAUAUGGACCCGGAUCUAUGUUUACAUUUCUAAGUAAGCAAGGCUACUUUUUUCCAAAAUGAAUUAUUACAGUGUGACUUCGUUUUUCUGAAUGUAAACACUGAUGGAAAAAUAGGGGUGUGUACAUUUUAGUACAUAAUUGUAUUUGUAUUUUGUAUAUGUAAUAUAUAUAUAUAAAAGCCAACAUUUUUACAGA